GUUCGGGGGAGACAGCCGCGCCGUCCAGGACAGCCUCACGGAUGUCAGGGACCUCGUGUCAACUGGCGGUGCUUUUGCCGCUCUGCUGGCUGACGGAUCGGUCGUGGCCUGGGGCUUCGCCGAGUGCGGAGGUGACAUCUCCGAGAUGCGCGAACAGCUGCAAGGCGUGCGGCAGCUAGCCAGCGAGCAGCCCUGCAACUUCGUGGCCACGCUCUCAAAUGGUGGCACCGUCCGCUGCGGAGCCGACUCUGUACCAGUGGCCCUGUAUUUUGCCGUUCGCAGCCUGUCAGUGACCGCCAGGAGAUGA